CCUGGCCCUGUGAGAAGGAAAACAGCUGGAUUUAAAACACCAGGCAACAGAUGGUCACACACACAGAUCACACAGUGUCCAGAUUGUGGCAGAAGUUUCAGUCAGAAUUCUGGACUAAUGACUCACCAGAGGACUCAUUCCCAGGACAAACUGUAUGAAUGUCCUGAGUGUGGGAAAAGUUUCAAUCAUAAUUCCAGCCUGGUAGUACACCAGAGGAUUCACACAGGAGUGAAACCGUAUGAAUGUCCUGAGUGUGGGAAAAGUUUCAGUCGGAAUUCUACCCUUGUUAUACACCAGAGGACUCACACAGGAGAGAAACCAUAUGAAUGUUCAGAAUGUGGGAAAUGUUUCAGUAAGAAUUCCACUCUGGUGACACACCAGAGGACUCAUACAGGAGACAAACCGUAUGAGUGUCCAGAUUGUGGGAAAUGUUUCAGUCAUAUUUCCAGUCUUAUAAGACACCAGACGACUCACACAGGAGAGAAACCGUAUGAGUGUCCAGAGUGUGGAGAAAGUUUCAGCCACAUUUCCAGUCUAAUAAGUCACCAGAGGACUCACACAGGAGAAAAACCAUAUGAUUGUUUAGAAUGUGGGAAAUGUUUUAGUAAUAAUUCCGACCUGGUGACACACCAGAGGACUCAUACAGGAGAGAAACCGUAUGAAUGUCCUGAGUGUGGGAAAAGUUUCAGUCAUAAUUCCACAUUGGUGAGACACCAGAGGAUUCACACAGGAGAAAAACCAUAUGAAUGUCUAGAGUGUGGGAAAUGUUUCAGUAAGAAUUUCAACCUGAUGACACACCAGAGGACUCACACGGGAGACAAACCGUAUGAGUGUGCAGUUUGUGGGAAACGUUUCAGUCAGAAUUCCAACCUUGUGAAACACCAGAGGACUCACGUAGGAGACAAACCGUAUGAGUGUGCAGUUUGUGGGAAACGUUUCAGUCAGAAUUCCAACCUUGUGAAACACCAGAGGACUCACGUAGGAGACAAACCGUAUGAGUGUGCAGUNUUUAGCUUUGCUUUCACUAAGGAACAGUACUUGUUUUUAGCUAGUCCAGUUAUCUAG